CCGGAAGUGCUCCCAGAGCUGCAGGCCGUGUGGUGGAAGCGGAGAGGAGGAGGCAGGAAAGCGGUUCUCUGGGAGCCUGGCUAGGUGUGUGAGCCAGAGGGUCGGCGUUAGGGCCCUAGGUUCUUCACGAUGGCGUCUCGGGCAGGCCCACGAGCGGCCGGCACCGACGGCAGCGACUUUCAGCACCGGGAACGAGUCGCCAUGCACUACCAAAUGAGUGUGACCCUCAAGUACGAAAUCAAGAAGCUGAUCUACGUGCAUCUCGUCAUAUGGCUGCUGUUGGUUGCCAAGAUGAGCGUGGGACACCUGAGGCUCUUGUCACAUGACCAGGUGGCCAUGCCCUAUCAAUGGGAAUAUCCGUAUUUGUUGAGCAUUGUGCCCUCUGUCUUGGGUCUUCUCUCCUUCCCUCGAAACAACAUUAGCUACCUGGUGCUCUCUAUGAUCAGCAUGGGGCUCUUCUCCAUCGCUCCCCUCAUUUAUGGCAGCAUGGAGAUGUUCCCUGCGGCACAGCAGCUCUACCGCCAUGGCAAGGCCUAUCGCUUCCUGUUCGGUUUUUCCGCCGUCUCCGUCAUGUACCUGGUGUUGGUACUGGCAGUCCAAGUUCAUGCCUGGCAACUCUACUACAGCAAGAAACUCCUAGACUCUUGGUUCACCAGCACACAGGAGAAGAAACGUAAAUGAUGAAGCCUGCUUGAUGAACUGCUCUGGGGGUAUAACCUAGGGCUCCCACUGAGCAGGUGGAGGGGGCUGUUGAGAAUCUCCACAGACUGUGGCAUCUGUGAUGUUGACACCCAGUGCACUCUAGGCUCAAAGCUUGGCCUAGAGUUCUCUCUCACCAUCUGCUGAGGCGGCAAAGCUGUAGUAUUUAAUUUAUUCUUGACUAGCUACAGCGGGGUGACCAGUGGCUGUGAAACGCUUUAACUGGUUGAACUUGAGGCCCUCUAGAGUUUGGGUUUUGCAGACUGAGCCUUACCUUGCCUUCUCUUGGUCGUACUCCCUACUUCCAUGCAUCACCUCCUCACCACCAAUACAAAAAGAAAUCUGGAAUAAUCCGUAUGUCAAGUGGACUUCAACCAUAGGUCACAGGGCAGGCAGCAUUUGGGAAGCUGCUCCCCUACAGGCUGUUCUGUUUACUGCAAACCAUUUUAAAUCAAGAACCUCAAUAAAGUUAAGACUGUCCUGUG